GUCGUCUCCGAGGUAACGUUCAGACCCCGUCCCGGGAAAGAAAGAUGGCGGACCCCCGCACCCGCGUCCCUCCUCCUUACGGGACCGAGGCGUACGACCUGGGAGCACUCAACAGCGAGCAGCAGCAGCGGCUCUAUCAUUUCAAGAUAAACACUCGACUGGCCAAUGAAUAUUACUUGAGGAACCAUCCAGAGGUGGGGAUGCUGCUGAGAGAGUUUAUGAGAUCCGUACUCCUGGAGCGACCAGACAACAUUCGAGAAUUUGCCUCGACUUAUUACACAGAUGCGAGUCUGCCUGAAAAGAUCCAGAGGAUGGUGAAUGAGAGACCAAAAGAAAGGGAUUGAUACUGAUUACAUUGGUCACUUCGACAGGGGGAGUUGUCGUCCCAGGACAUGGGCUCCAAACUCACUAUGUCUGUGAUAUAUUAUGCUGUUACUUCAUUGCUGGAAUAAAACGGUGUGUGAAUGUA